AUGGACAACACAGACACGUAUUUGUUCAACUUCAAAGGUUUUUAUUUUGUACGUUCUUUAGUUAAUGUUGACCUACUAAAAAAUAUAGAUGAUUUUGAAAUUAGAGAUGAUGAUGUCUUCAUAAUUACAUAUCCAAAAUCUGGUACCAUCUGGACUCAGCAGAUAUUAAGCUUGAUUUAUUUUGAGGGACAUCGUAACAGAACUGAAAUCGUGGACACAAGUGAUCGAGUCCCCUUCCUCGAAUACAAUAUUGGCAAAGUGGACAACUACAGGAGACCAUCCCCUCGUCUCUUCGCUUCCCACCUCCCAUAUUAUUUAGCACCAAAAGGCCUCAAGAACAAAAAAGCCAAAAUUAUUUACAUCUAUAGAAACCCCAAGGAUGUUUUGAUCUCAUAUUUUCAUUUUUCGAAUUUGAUGGCUCUAUUAGAAGCUACAGAUAACUUAGAACAUUUCAUGAAAAGGUUUCUAGAUGGAAAAGUUUAUGGUAACCUUUGGUUUGACCACAUCAGAGCCUGGUAUGAGCACAGAAGUGAAUUGAAUAUUCUGUUCAUGAUGUAUGAGGAGAUGAAGAAGGAUCUCAGAAGUUCUGUGCUUAAAAUCAGCAGUUUUCUUGAGAAAGAACUGAGUGACGAGGAUGUGGAAGCUAUUGUGAAACAGGCUACAUUUCAGAACAUGAAGUUUGAUCCACAAGUAAAUUAUCAGCAUCUUCUAAAACAUGAAUGGGGGACAAGAACAAAUGAGGGAGAUUUCUUACGCAAAGGUACCGUUGGAGACUGGAAACAUCACUUGACUGUGGAGCAAAAUGAGAGAUUUGACAGGAUAUUCCAAAAGAAGAUGAAAGAUUUCCCCUUGAAGUUCAUCUGGGAUAUAAAUGAGGAGGAGAAUUAG